AUGACACCCGAUGAGCUAUCAGACCUGCUAUUGCAGGACGAAUAUCUUGUUCUAGAUAUUCCCGCUAAAGCAUUCCCAGAAUUAGAGAAGUUGAUUGGAACUAGAGCGUAAGAAUCCAAACAAUUAUUGACAACUAGGUAUUAACAGACUCUCCAAGGUACACCUAUUGGCCAGCAAUCGGUCGGUUGACGGUAAAGAUGACAACCCAAAUGCAUGGGACAGUUACGAGUUGGGCGAGUGAAUUGAUCGCAGAGGGAGUCGAAAAGGGAGCCUUUGACCGAGGAGACAUUGAUCUUAUUGGUAAAGGGCGGCUCAGGGGAUUCUCUGAUGAAUAUGAAAAUAUGUAGGUCCUAUUCUCUAGACUGAACAUUGUUAUCUAAAUAUGAAUCUUACACAUAUAUAGAACCAAAGUCCCUGAUGUUGCACUAGUGCCCGGAGAAUGCUCUUGGCCCACGGUUGCUUUUGAGUUCGGCUAUGCCGAACCAUAUAACCAACUGAAGGAAGAUGCAAAGUUGCUCCUUGAGGGCAGUGAAGGACAAAUUGCAAAGGUGAUAGUGAUCAAACUCGAGCCACUUCAAGAAGAAGAGACAGAAAUUCAAAAAGGGUUUGUCGAAGUAUGGCAGCUCAGGGAUGGGGUUGCAAGGAAGGAAGGUCAGAAAAAGGUGACUUUUAUCACUCUGCAGGUCUCAUUACCCUUUACUGAUAUGGGGAAUGUAGAAUCUGUUUCCACUACCGAGGAGCCAUGAGGCCCAGAGCAUAAUGCUAUCACUGGGAGAUAUACUUGGAGAUUCGUUUGAGAGGCUUGCAAAUCAGGGAUGGAGUGAAGCAGAUACACUAGUUCUCCGAUUUGAUGCUUUACGCAAGUCAAUUAACAAAGCAACCCGACGUCACCUCAUCCAGGAAGGCCUUUUAGUGGAGGACUAG